AAAAAAGAUUUCAAUGGCGGUGCACGUGCGUAGCUCGUGCAAUCUUCCCGGCAGUUUCCCUCCCCCCUCUUCUUCUUCUUCUUCCCCUUGACGCGUUCAUUCUCCCUCGUUCGAGCUUUUCACGCCGGCGAAUCGAACGACCGCGUCAAAUAGCCGUUCGAACUUCCCAAGCCGAUCGUCGACCGACUUGCUGAAGUUUCGCGUGCUAUCGAGAUCCUCCAAAGGUCCGAGUUCCAUAUCCAGUGUGCUGCCUCUUCUGCAGUCAUGUAUGAAAAUCCACGGAUGCAGCCUGGGGCGCCUAGGCCACUUACACAAUCUCAGCCUAACCCAUUCGAAGGGGCAUUUUAUGGAGCUGGUUCUGGACUUAUUCGAGGCGACCUUGGUACAUAUGGAGAGAAAUUUUUGGGAUCAAGCUCUGAGUAUGUACAAAGCAAUAUUAGUAGGUACUUUUCUGAUCCCCAGUACUAUUUUCAAGUGAAUGAUCAGUAUGUGAGGAACAAGUUGAAGGUGGUUUUAUUCCCAUUCCUUCACAGAGUAAGUGCUGACUUUGUUGGACAGUUAUCAUUAGUAACUCUUGUUUGUUCUUUCAUUAAUCUGCUUGUGUAUUCCUUUCUUCAGUGUCACUGGACACGAAUAACAGAACCCGUGGGAGGAAGGCUCUCAUACAGACCACCUAUUUAUGAUAUCAAUGCGCCGGACUUGUACAUCCCAUUCAUGGCUUUUGGAACCUAUGUUAUUCUUGCUGGCUUAUUGUUGGGACUUCAGGGCAGGUUUAGCCCAGAUGCGGUGCAAUGGCUGUUUGUCAAAGGAUUGCUUGGCUGGUCUCUGCAAGUAAUGUUGCUGAAAGUCACAUUGCUUUCUCUGGGUGGUGUCGAGCCACCUUUGCUGGACAUUGUGGCAUAUGCUGGGUACACGUUUGCAGGGUUGUGCUUGGCUAUAAUGGGGAAAAUCAUCUUAAGUUACAUGUACUUUGUUAUGAUGCCACUGGCCUGCUUGUGUAUGGGCAUUUUCUUGGUGAAGACGAUGAAGAGAGUCCUUUCUGCGGAGGUGAGAAGUUACGAUUCAAGUAGGCUGCACUACCUAUUGCUCUUCAUUGCUUUCGCACAGUUCCCACUUUUCUCAUGGCUUGGCAAUAUUAGUCUCAACUGGCUUUUCUGAGCUGAAUCAUGUAAUGUUUUGACUGGAAAGGGUCCGUUGUGUAGUAUUUUUUAAGACUAUUGUACGUGUAGCUUCUUUUUUGCCCCUCGUAAAUUUAAUUCGUUGAAGUCGGUUAUUGAUCAUGCAA